AUGAGUCCAGAAGCCUUGCCGUUUAUCUCACGUCGCUCUGUGGUGUAUGGUACUAAUGGAAUGGUUGCGAGCUCGCAGCCACUUGCAACCCAAGCUGGCAUCGAUAUUUUGAAGAAAGGAGGAAAUGCAGCUGAUGCAGCUAUUUCAGUGGCCGCUGCUUUGGGUGUAACUGAGCCUGGGUCCACGGGAAUCGGUGGGGAUUUCUCCUGUCUGUACUACGAUGCUAAAACACGCAAAAUCAGUGGUCUUAAUGGCACUGGAAGGACCCCGGCUGCAUUAACAUUCAACCAUAUUCGAGAGACUGGUGAAAUUCGAGAUUCAUCGCUUCCUAACACCAGCAUUCACGCAGUGACAGUUCCUGGUGCAGCUGCUGCCUGGUCUGAUACGAUCGAGCAUUUUGGGUCCGGAAAGCUGGAUAUAGCAGACGUCUUGCAGCCAGCAAUUGCUCUCGCUGAACACGGUUUUCCAGCGUCCUACAUGGCGUCGAUAGCAUGGAAGAAGAAGGAAGACUUACUCAAAAAAACAAACAAUGCCGAGAAUAAUUUGCUUAUUGGCGGUAUACACCCCCCUGAAGAAGGCGACAUUGUGCAGCAGCUUGACCUUGCAAGGACAUACAAGCUUCUUGCUGAGCGAGGCAAGGAGGUGUUUUACAAAGGACAUAUUGCCGAUGCUAUCAUUGAAGCUAUCCAGUCUCGCGGAGGUUUGAUGACUCAUGAAGAUUUAGCUUCACACACGUCCGAGCUAGUGGAUCCCAUCUCCUUUGACUAUCAUGGUUGGACUAUAUGGGAGCCGCCACCAAACAGCCAAGGCAUUACAACACUCAUUGCGCUUGGCAUCAUUCGCGCUUUGGAAGAAGAAAACGGUUUGGACCUCUCGAAGAUGGAACACAAUUCAGCAGAGUACCUGCACAUUAUCAUUGAAGUGCUGCGGUUAGCAUUUGCUGACACACGCUAUUAUGUAACCGAUCCCCAAGUGGUACCGGUUCCAACCGAAAAACUUUUGAGUAAACAAUAUCUUUCUGCGCGCGCCAAAUUGGUGGAUUUUGAAUCACGAAACGAUAAGAUCGAGAAGGGAUAUCCAGAUCGAACAAGCAAUACCGUAUACUUUUCCGUGGUUGAUGAUCAAGGAAACGCGUGUAGCGUUCUUAGUUCGGUUUUUGCUUAUUUUGGGUCUACUAUUGUACCUGACCGAUGCGGGUUCCCACUCCACAAUCGAGGAUGCAGCUUUGUGCUUAUGGAAGAUCAUCCCAAUUGCAUUGGUCCCAAAAAACGACCCUAUCACACUCUCAUUCCAACAAUGGUUACACGCAAGACAACAUCUAGUGAACAUGAGCUUGAAAUCUGUUUUGGGAUCAUGGGCGCAUUUAUGCAACCUCAAGGACAGAUUCAAUUAAUCAUGAAUAUGAUGCAUUUUCUUGCCAACCCUCAACAUGCGGUCGACCUGCCCAGAAUCUGUAUCGCUCCUCCUGAGUCGCAGAAUGAAACUUCAGCCAAUAGUUCAAGACAGCAAAUGACUCGUAUGUUUACGGACGUAAAGGACUCUGUAGUAUACCUCGAAAAAGGUAUCGCGCCUCAUGUUAUUGAACAACUUGAAGCCAUGGGUCAUACUUGUAUUGUUACCGAGGAUAAUAGCAAUCGCUCAUCGUUUGGUGCUGGUCAGAUCAUCCGCGUAGUAAGGGGAGGUGACUUUACUGGGAAACGCGCACUAGCCGCGGGCAGCGAUCCGCGAGUUGACGGACAUGCCGCAGGAUUGUCAGGAUUCACUCGGCUGGCAAAGCUUUGA